CUUAACGAUGCAGCGGAUGGCUGGCCUGGGCCGGUCCUUGGUUUUUCCUCCGGAGGGGGGCGUCUCCGUUGCAAAGUUACUUUGCUUCCAGCUGGCUCGUUUUCUUCACACUGGCCUUCCAGUACUGGCUGCAAAAGAACGUCUAGUAAAGCUCAGGAAGAAAACUGGCUACUCGUUUGUGAACUGCAAGACCGCCUUGGAGAAGUUUGGCGGAGAUCUCAAAGAGGCUGAAGCCUGGCUGCAUGAGCAAGCUCAAAAAGAAGGAUGGAGCAAAGUUUCCAAACUAGAAGGGCGGAAGACUAAAGAAGGGCUAAUCGGACUACUGAAGGAAGGAAAUUCAGCGGUGAUGGUAGAGGUGAACUGUGAGACUGACUUUGUGGCCCGAAAUGCCAAAUUUCAACAUCUGGUUCAGCAAGUAGCAGUUGGGACGAUGCAACACCAUCAGGGGACCACAGAGCAACUAAGUACAUAUGCCAAGCGUUUUCUGAAAACAAGUGAGCUUUCUCAGCUCAGAUUAGGACCUGACGGAUCCUUGCUUAGUGAUCAACUGGCUUUGACUAUUGGCAAACUGGGGGAGAACAUGAUUAUCAAAAGGGCGACGUGGGUGUCUGUGCCGGAGAACUUCUUCAUCGGCUCUUACGUGCACGGAGCGCCCCCGGCGGGGAACCCGCUGCUUUCUAACAUGAUGUUCGGCAAGUAUGGCGCCUUGGUGAUCUGCAGUCCCUCUGAGCCGUGUCAGAAGUCAGACUUUGCUGAACUCGGCUGGCGGCUGGGCCAGCACGUGGUGGGUAUGGCCCCCCUCUCUGUAGGCUCUCUGGAAGAUGAACCUGGUGGAGACUCUGAGACGAAGAUGCUCGCGCAGCCCUACCUCUUGGAUCCCAGUGUCUCUCUGGGACAGUACGUUCAGCCCACAGGGGUGUCUGUGCUGGAUUUUGUACGAUUUGAAUGCGGGGAGGAUAUAGAGAUGACGGAAGCAGAGUAAACAAUAUUUUUUUGUGUUAGGAAAGUGAACCCUUCUAGGAUUUACGUUGGCCCUGGUGGGGUUAGAAGUACGGGUGAUACGGAGUGAAUCACGUGUUUGAGGUCCAGAGAAACCAAACGUUAUAUGUGGAAUCUGUUUUUAGAGGCUGGAAGCGGUUCUGCCAUAUGUAACUGACAAAAUGGGGCCAGUGGAUAUUGAUGAAGUAUGAAAAGGGUACCUGGACUUAUCCUGGAAUGAUUUUCCCGAGGAGGAUGGGGUCUAGAGCUACUGAUUCCAACAGCUUGCCUCUGUUGCUGUAUUGUCUUUUUAAAAAGAUAAAAUGACAUAUUGCAAAUAAAUGAAACAACUGUGCAAAC